AUGAGCACAAAAAUUGAGAACUCAGAAUAAUUAUAUUCGGAAUUAACUGAUUAAGGAGAUGAAUCCAACAUAUUAAUAAGUAAUCAAGAUCCUAUAACUUUGUAUAAUAAAGUAAAUAUUCAAUCAUUAGUCUAGUUUAUUAAAGUAUAUAAUGUAGAUGAUAAUAAAGUUAAUGGAAUAACUUUAAGAUAUAUGAUAUAAAGUAAAGUGGUUUAAUUCAUUCAUAACUAUUUAAGGAAUUAUUUGGGAAUGGCUGUCUUUUUAUUAAUUUUGAUUCUGCUUCCUUUUAUUAAUCUAUUAUUUUACAUCUUGCUUUUAGUAGCUUGGGUUAGAUUAUCUUAAAAUUAUGCAAUAUUUUAAUAGAAUAUAGGUAAUAAUUAAAAACAAUAUUUAGGACAGGUAAUGGAUCCUUUUGCAAAUAUGAUUGAAAAUUCAGAUCUUUGUGAAAUGAUGAAAAAAAAUUAUGUAAUCUUUGAUAUGGAGAUUAAAGAAAAUGAAGGUUUGCACUUUUCUACAAAGGUUAAGGAAAUGAUUAAAAAUAGAUCAAAUGGAAACAAUAAAAUUAAAUAUACAAUCUAUAAUCAAACAUUAAAAGAAUAAUUUUAUGGAUAUCCUAAUUCUAGAAUAACAUAUUUUAAAUGGAUUUUAGUCUCAACUCUAAUCAUAAUAGCUCAAUUAACAUUAAUGAUCAUAUAUUUUUCUAAGAUUUGA